CCAAUACUCCUCCGAAGCGGAGUUCCAUGCCGCUUCAAAAGUCACCCGCGAAGUUUACCCACGUGUCCGCUGAAUUUUCGAUUCGGCGAAUUUCUAACUUGACACCUCUCAUUUCUGUAAACAUCGAUUCAAGUACUGACUGAUUUGACAUCGUUUGAAAUAUUUUCCGAGGUUAAAAAUUAAACUAUUCCUGAAAGUUGUGGUAUGAAUUUUUGCGUGAUUCGAGGUUAUUGUGGUAGGUCAGUCAUUGACUUCGCUGGCAAAGGAACUUUGAAGACUGUUAUCUCUUCGAAUAAAGAAGCAUCCUCUGCACACUCUUGUAUCCUCUCAGCUACGUGUGUGAUAGCCAUCAACGAUUUGUUUUCCGACUGAGUCAACGCCUCUGGCGUAAAAAUCCACUCGAAAGAAGUUGACAAAGGACAACUGGUUUAUCGGAACAACAAGCUAUGAAAUGCGUCACAAUGUAAAAAACACUUUACCUCGCCGGAGCAGAUUUCAGAGUUAUGAUACGAACGCACACGCGGCUGCUCGACCUCGACGUAGCGCCUUCAUUUAUUCAGACCGCAAUAAGUCCUACAAACUGAACGAAUUUUAAGCCAGUGCUUCUGGUGCUCAUGAAGUCAAUGCGGCAUCGGCACUGCCAAUGUUGACUUUGAGCUCGGAUGAAAACAUUCCCUCGGAAAAUUAUUUCCAAUUAUUAUUUUAGUGAAAAAUAAGCUUCGAAGUUCUUUUCUAUUGAUCAUUCUUCGUGUUGAAAGUAAUAUCCAUAACUUUAACGGUUUCAACGUACUGUAAUUUAAUCUAAACCAAAUAUUAUAUCAAUGAUAUAUUGCGAUGUCAAAAAUGUGUCAAUAUAACGACAACAUUCCCAUUAUUUCAAGAGAUCUUGUUACCGUUCAAUUAAAAUGAUCGUUUUUCAUCAAAAUACAUAAACGUAAGUUUCAAAUCAUACAGACACGAUCAUCCUUUUGUUCACUUAGAGCAGUGAUGACAUUAAUAACACCACUCAUGUUUAAAUUACUCUGUUCGUAAUUUUACCCGAUGAUUUAUAUAAACAAAAGUAAUUGUUGAAGUUGUCGAAGAAACUUUUAGUCCGUAGAUACCUCGUAUUUUUUUGCAUUUACUUAUUUUCCUGCAAUUUAUAAGUAUUAUUUUAAUCUGCGAAACGAUCAGUAUUACGAAGCAUCUGGAGGACGGAGUCGCCUAAGAAUGAAGGAGGCCGAUUCAUCACAUGACUAAACGCCUAACUUAGUCGCCUAACUUAAACGCCUAAAAAGUCCGUAUCGUUGGAAUGAUAGGCAAAAUAACUAGUCACAAUGAGCCUCCAAACGUUUCGCACCUCAUUUGGAGCUCUCCUGCUGCUAGCGCUGACCCAAAGGACCUCCGGCAUCACCAACGAACGCCCGCAGCCAAUCCAAGACACCGCCUCAGCACCCAACUCGACGUUCGCCGACAACAAGGUCGAAAGCGGCGGGCACAGAUCAUUGUUGGACGCAGCGAACUGGCCCCACGUCCGUCAUCAGCAGCAAACGCCCCGGUGGCUCUCCGAUGAGCCGACUUCCAGCAGAAGAUCCACUUCCGGGAAGAGGGCAGCUCCUCCGGAAAUGGACGCCGAGCACUUCCUCAGCGAAUCACCGAUGGACUCCGACUUGGAACCGGACGACGACCUAAGCGGGAGUCUCACCGGAGGCCUGACCGUCCACAAGUGCUGCCCCUUCGGAGAACAGCUUGAGCAUCCGAGCAAGAAGUGCAUUCCACUCCCGGAGGAACCUCCCGGGGCCGUGACGGAAACGCAGUACAGCGAACCGGAAAACGCCAGCUCCGGGACGGAAAUCCCGGACUGGCUCCCGCCGAACCUCCGCGUCGGGGAGGUGUACCUCCAGUCGAAGCCGGCCGACUUGGUGCUCUUCAAUUUCGCUCAGCGGAAACCGGAAUGUCCGUUCCCGGACGUGGUGCCCAUCGACGAUUUGAACCUGAGCAGCAGCGGUGAUCUCCUCUCGCGGAGCGCCAACGGCGGGCGCUUGAGUUUCUCUAGUCAAGACUUCUGCGUGGACCGUAUCCACGUCAAGGACGUCAACCUGACGGACGUGAGCGCGGACUUCCACGCUAUCAUCCUGUGCCCCUGCAACGACGGCGGCGCCUUCUGCGUCAACAAGUGCUGCGGGGUCGAGGACGUCAUGCAGAUCGACGAGGAGCUCCGCUGCGUCCCCACGACUGCGUCCAAAGAUGAUCUCAUGGCUGCUCUCCGAGAGGCCACCUUAAAUGAAGUUCCUAAUAAAGCAGCUCGUCCAUUUUACUUGAGGGAAAGCUAUAUACCGCGUUGCGAGCAUGGAGCCUACUUGCUCAAAAACGCGCUGAAGAAGAACGGGGUUAACAAUGGUCCGGCAAAGUUCUGGCUAAAAACUGACGGACACAUCAAACUAAGUGAUCUGAAUGUCGAAGUCCGGAACACAGACUAUUGUCUCGAUAUGGUGAACGUAAAUAACAAGAAGGAGUUACAGAUGAUCGGCUGUCGUCGUGCGAAUGUCGGCAGUCUCAACCUCAAAUCUGGGUUCCACGAGAUAUUGUACAAAAUGUACUACACCUCGGGCGCAAUUUUUCUCGGUCUUACCUUACUAGUACACCUGCUGCGACCUGAGCUCCGCAAGAGCUUGCACUCGUACAAUUUCAUCGCUCACAACGCGAAUCUCUUCGUCGCCUACCUCAUCCUCACUUUUGCCCACCUCUCGCAACUCUCCAGCGACCCCAUCGUAUGCCCCGUCCUCGGAUUUGCCACUCAGUUUUUCUUCUUAUCAACAUUCUUCUGGCUAAGCGUCAUUUGCUUUGACAUUUCCUCAGCAUUCGGGGGCCUGGUACCAAAAAGCAAUUCUCAUACCUCUCUGAAAUUCGUCAAGUACGGGGCAUUUGCGUGGGGAAUGGCUUCAAUCAUGACUGGACUCACCGCGGUGGCAGAAUACACACCAUUCUUAGGAGCCAACUCCUCUUUUAAACCUAACUUCGGAGUCAACACGUGCUGGUUUAAAGAAAAGAAGGGAGCAGCCGUAUUUUUUUAUGGACCUAUUGGCGUGAUGCUCGUAUUGAAUUUAAUCCAGUUCUUGGCCACUGUUAGGAGGAUUACUGCGGCAAGGCGGGACACUCGCGUAUUGAGGAACUCCCCGGAGCACCAAAAUGUGACGUCAUCCACACGGGGAGAAAAACACUGGCUGUUACUGUACGGAAAGCUGUUCUGUCUGAUGGGCGGGACUUGGUUGUUCGAGGUGGUGUCGUGGGUUUUGGAGGGUCCGUCCUACCUGUGGUACUUGCCGGACGGGAUCAACGCCCUCCGCGGCGCGGGCAUCUUCUUCAUCUUCCUCUGGCAGAGGAAGUUUUUUCGUAACUUCUCGCUGAGCCUCCACCACAGCUCCAACCAACCGACGACGACGAGCGCCAACAGCAACGGCUCCGCCGGGAAGAAGAAGGGAUCCCUCACCACAGUCCGGACCAGCUCCAUCCAGCUCUCGAACAUCAACGGCUGCGUCAAACACAAAACUUCCUUGACCAAUGUAAACGACAAUAAAGCUGGGCCAACUCUAUAA